GAUGCUCAAGGAGUCCGUCGAGACCGCGGAGCUCCACCUGACCGACCAGUUCGGCAUCUCCGAGGGUGAGUGGUACCAGGGCAGGGCCAAAGGACCCCGCUCUGUCAAGAAGAAGCUGGCGGACCAGCAGCGCAGGAAGGCAGUCAGGAAGCUCAGCCCCCUCACCAGUUGCCGCCUCCGCCUCGGGAGGAUCGCCAGACAGCUCAGAGCGGCUGCUGCGGGCUGCUCACCCCCUGUGGGGCACGUAGGCUACAUGAAGCACUUGGUGCAGGGGGCCAGGAGCUUGGGGCGCAAGUUCGAGCAGGCGGGCAGCGCCGCGUUCGAAGACAAGAAGCUCGUCUCGCUGAAAGAGGUGACCCAGGUGCCCACUGUGCAAGGGCAGGCCUUCCUGCGGGCGAUCGAAAGAGCGUUGGCGUCACACAGGGGCCUCCACGGCGACGGCGACUACCAGCAGGACGAGUUCGGCUGCUGCUUCGCCCUGCGGUACUCCCCCGCCCUCUUUGCGGAGAAGGCCAAGGAGAAGGACAGGAAGGAGGCAGCGGUCCAGGAGUACGACGCCAGGCCUGCGACUCUGUGCCAGCUCCGCGGCGAGGAGAGCGGGGCCCUGGCCCGCCGCCACCACAGGUGCCCUGCCUGGGGGGGCUGGAGGCAAGGUCGCAGCCCCGCCGACUUGCUGCGAGCUGCCGAGUUGGUGGCAGAGUUUGUCGGCGAGGUCGACUUCCUGCACGCCGCCGCGGCGGAGCCCGCCCCUGGGACAGGUGGAUUCAGCCCACCGAAGUCGCAGUCCCAGGGGCGCGGCGAGUGCGGGAAGUUGCACGACGCGGAGGCGCGCGGGCCUGUCGUGUCAGCGGCUGGCAACAUGCAGAUGCCCGUCGCGGAGGCUGGCGUUGGCGACGGCGAGGCGCAGGCCGCGGCGGCUGACGGCGGCCCCCUCCUCGCCGCGGCGGCGGCCCUGGCAGCAGUGGCGGCAGCGGCCGCUUCCUGCUCGCGGCCGUCGCCCGCGAGGCGCCGCCCCGCCUCGGCCGAUAGGCCCGCGGAGGUGCUGCGCCGAGCACCCCUGCGCAGGGUGCAGGAGCAGUCGGGGCGCCGCGAGGCCUCGGCGCCCGCGCCCAGCCCGCGGCGGGCGGCGGCAGCGGCGGCUUGCAGCGGCGCAGCCCCUGAGGUGGCGGCUGAUGCGGCCCGUCCAGCGGGAUUGAGGGUCUACGGCCACCUCAUGCGGGGGUCGCGCGUCGAGGGCAACGGCUCCGAGCCCCCCCUGCCCACGUCCCUGAGGGGCUCCCGAGCCCAGGCGCGGACGGACUUCGCACGGGGCAUCCUGCCUGCGCCCAAGGAUCCGUUCGCGCCGCUGGCCCCGCCUAUGGAGAGCACGCGCUUGUGCUGGGCGACGGCGCUCCAGGCCAGGCUGGGCCGCGGGGCGGGGGAGCAGGCGCUCGCGGCGGCGCCCGUGCCAUCGCAGCGGCAGCCUGCGGCCGCCCCGCUCCCGCCACCUGCGGCUGGCGAUGGGGGCCAGGCGGCAGCGCCGCCGUGCGCCGCGGCGCCGCGGCGCCUGGUCGCGGCGGCCCCGCGGGCGGAGGCCGAAGAGCCGCGGCAGGUCCGCCCAGGGCUCGAGGGCGUCCACUGCGCCCGCGGCUUCGCAGUUGCUGCGGCGGCCCGCGGGCGCGAGAGAGCCGCGGGGUCGGCGGCCGCCCGCGCACGCCGCGCGGCCGGGCUCGCCGCGCGCUGA